UGUAAGAGAGAAACAGUAAUCGAGAGAUGCUUGAGCUGUGGAACCCACUAGGAAAAACAACGCACAGAGAGCAGACAAAAAAUAAGGAAAAUUAUACCUUUACCAGAGCUUCAAGCGAAUCCCGAACCGAGCAGUCGCAGCCGGGUCCGAGCGAGAGUUGAUUUUUUUUUAGAGUGCGACGUUCAAUAAAAAUUUAUAUACUCCAUCAUAAUCGUUUAUCACACUCGGUGAGUGAAGGCAGUGAAAAUCGGAAGCAGCGGGAAAAAAUUGGUGAUCAAGAGCAGGUCGAUCCGGGAACGAGCAAAAAUACGCUACGGCACACAUUUUCAGUUGUUUGUUUUUUUUGCGUAUAAUUUCAUUUUAUAGUUUUAGUUAUAUUGUUGCUAUCAAUAUCUAAUAACAUGGGAAAGCCGAGAAACAAGUGUAAAAUCAUAAUGAUCUAUUAAAAUAUUUAUAACAUCAGCGCUCGAAGAAAGACAAAAAGAAGGUGAUGAGAGGAUAAGGCGGUUAAAUACGCGUAAAUUUAACACAUCGCAAUAAUCAUAAACAAUAAAUUCAUAUACGACUUUUGCCUUCUGGCAAAGUGACUGGAGGAGCAAAAUAAUAAAUCGUUUUAAAACAAAUAUAAAUAAAUAAUUAGCUGAUUUUAAUAUUCACUGCUCGUGCCCACGCAUGUACGCGUUCACGUCGACCAAUAGUGGCAGUGGUGAUAGUGAACGGAACAACAGUAAAGAUUGUCGAGAUAGUGAAACUAGACAGAAGUGAGAAGAAACGCAUAAAAUUAAAAUAUACUGUGUUAGUGUGAGUGAUUUUUCGAAAUUGUCGCAUUUUUAUGUCAAUACACAACGUAUUCUGUAUGACAUGACUUCAAAAAUGAAAUUGUAAAAUCGAAACGUUGUGUAUGAAGGCCCGUGCUGCAGCAGUGAUCGAUAGAAGAGAAACAUAAACGCGAGCAAAAAGUUAAAAUCAAACAAGUUAUGAUCAUUAAAAAAGAAAGUAAUGACAACCACUACUCGUCGCUCAGAGUUAGUGAUUUGCUCAUAAGGAAGAAUAUACCAAACAUACUCGGUCGAAGUAGCAUUCUGGCAAGUGCGGCUUACGGGUCGCACGCUGCUGCCGGGGCCUGGUGGGGGCAACACUCCCAUUCAGUGCAUACGGCCGGUGCUGCCAUGUACGAGGACCCCACCGGUGGCCAGACAGGAGUCGGCGGUCGGAGUCCACCGUCCCUACAGAAUACAUCCCAUAGUACAAACCAUAUCGUACAACAACAGCAGCAGCAAGCCCAACAACAGGCCGCAGCACAGCAGGCACAGCAACAACAGCAAGCACAACAACAGCAGGCUCCACCUCAGGUGCCAGCGCAAGUCACUUCACAACAGCCUAAUUCCUCCAGCACUGGUCAGCAAAAUAGCUCGGUCGUGUCCUCCCAGACUCAGAUCGUGGCACCUUCAACGGCUAGUGAAUCACCUGCCAGUGUGAGCUCCCAACCUUCAGGCCCUAUUCAUAUACCAGCAAAACGUCCAGCGUUCGAGACCGAUUCGUCCCGCCUGAGGCACUCGUAUCCGUGGGGCUACGACUCAGGGGCCGACUCAGCCUACCAUCCGCAGUAUCCGUACGGACUCGGGGCGGACAUCAAACCAAUGUACUACCCGGGCUAUCCGACCGAUGCCAACUUUCAGCCACAUCACUACUACCCAAAGUAUGAACCAGACGCCUACAUUGCAUCGUCCGAGCGAAGCCGGGCAGUGGCGGCGGAUGCACCCUCGCUUCAAUCCAGCUACGAUACCUACAAUUCCACCGGACUGCGGCCGUACUCCAGUGAAACAUAUCCUAAUCCUGUAGGUUCCAGCAUUUCGGUGGGGGUAGGUGGAGUAGGUUCCUGUACACCGUCAAAUCCAUUGGAAUGGACUGGCAAUGUAACGGUACGAAAGAAGCGAAAACCCUACUCGAAGUUCCAGACACUCGAGCUGGAGAAGGAGUUCCUAUUCAAUGCCUACGUCUCCAAGCAGAAGCGAUGGGAGCUGGCUCGGAAUUUGAACCUGACUGAGCGACAGGUGAAAAUAUGGUUCCAAAAUCGACGGAUGAAGAAUAAGAAAAACUCCCAACGGCAGCAGGCUCAGUCCAACAACAGCAGUAACAGUAACUCGAGCCACAAUCAUGCGCAACAGCAGUCCCAUCACAAUCCACACCAUUUGAAUUUGGGUCUAGGAAUGCCUCUCCAUGGUUCCAAGAUGCAUCAGUGACCUUUGGAGCACCAUCAGGACGACGCCAACGGACAGCUGAAGAUGGAAAUGUGUGACGUCCCGACUGCUCCGAUGUGUAGCCACAUUCCCCAUCCUCAUCUGAUCAACUAUCAUCAUUAGAGGGUGGAUGACGGUCGGCCACAAUGAUUGGAGCUCCCUUUGAUAAUACGUAACAAAUGCGCUAUAAAUACCAUGCUAGCCAGGCCACCAGUACUAUGCUUCUCCAGUGUGUCGUCGAUGUGUGAAAAGAGGAAUACUGAACAUUAAAAUAAUUCAAAGAAAAAUCAUAUUGCAUGUAUAUAGUACAAUUAAGCUAAUUCGAGUGAGGAAAGGAAGGGAAAGAAUUUUACUUUUCCUUAGGAAACUGAAAACUGAAUCAGACGAAGAGAAUAAAAAAAAAAUCCAGUAAAAGUUAGUGAUUAACUAGGACUUGACAAAAUUCAUUAAUUGAACAAAAUCGAUAAAAAUGAUGAAAAAUAUGUGGAAAGGAAAAUUUUAUUUCCUCGGUUAUAGGUUUACGUACAAGUUAAAAUUCUCGUAGAAAUUGUGGAUCAAACAAUGUGAAAAUGGCAAGAAGGCAAAAGUAUGUGAUCAUUAUUUUAGUAGUUUUUUUUUGAGUAGUUUUUCGUCCUUCUUUCACUUGUUUCAGUUUUCCCCCGUCUCUCCCUCUCAAUUUCUCGCUCACAGUCAGUCAGCAGUGCAGCAGUUUCUCAGCUUGAUUUUUGCUCAGUUUUAUUUUCGUUGCACGAGCUACUUUUUCUCGGCCCCGUCCCACCCUGCAACGGUGAGCGUGCUUUCCUAGCGUUAAUGCAUGAGGUGAAAGGUUUUUUUUUUGGCUCUUUCAAAGAGGGUGACGAGGAGAAUAUGCUCGAUGUCAAACUUAGUUGAAAUUCUGUCGAUAACAAAAAAAAAAAAAAGUAGCAGACUCUUGUAUUAGUUUUAUAAUAUGAGUUAUGAUAGGAGUUGUUUAUCGAAAAAUGUACGUUCUAUUUCCUUUUGUUUCUGGAUUCCUUUCAUCGAUUGAACCAGUGACGUUUCGAGACUAUUUAUUUCCCAGUUGUUCUAUUUGCCGUUCGAAAUACAAUCAAGAGAAUGGAUGGUUAACUUUCUUUUUAUAUUUGUUGAGUUUUGAAGAAUCAGUAGACAGCUUUGAUUAGGUUGGUUUUAGACAUAAAAAAAAAACAAUGUGUUCCGUUAAUAUCUGUUUUGCUCAUGUAGACACAAAUACAAGCUAGUGAUUUUUCAGUUUAAAAAUAGAAAACCAAAAAAUCGAAUCAUGGUCAUUGACAACUGCCCCACUCUCUUGUUUAACAGUUGCGAAUUGUUUUUUAGAGCUUUUACUGUUCUACAUUAUUUUAGGAUGUCUACCGGGAUGAUUGCAAAUUUCUUUUACGUCGAGGAAAGCCUAUGAUUAUUUAUGUAUUUUUAUUUGUAUAUAUACAAUAUGGAAUCAACCAUUUCUGGAUCUAAGAUAAAUAGUUUAGUGUUAAGAAUAAUAGUGCUAAAGUAGAGUAAUGUGUCUCCAGACGAAAGAGAAAAAUGUAAUACUAAACAAGAGCAGACAUCACUAUUUCUUAAUAUAAACAUCAAAACAGUUUUGAAAUUAUAAAAUGUGCUCAAAUUUUUCAUAAAACAAAAACCAUAACUUUAGUAACAAUGAUAUUAGGAGCGAGGAAAUCAUGUUUAAAUAAAGAAAAAGAAAAGAACAGAAGUCAAGCAUAAUCGUACUGUAAAAAGCAGCUACUACCUACUCUAGUGCAGUUAAUCUCUAAUCUGCCACCAAUUAGAUUCCGUUUCCAAUCCGUACUAAGACAUUGGAUCUAAAGCCCAGUUAUUUCAAUUAGGAAAAUAAAACCUCUCAAACGAAUUUCAACCAACUUAAUACUAUCGGAAGUAUGCAUCUCUUUCCUUCAGUUCAAGAAUGAAAAUGAGUCGAUUCAGAACCCAAUUUUCAGAACCUUCUGAAAUGGUACAGAGAACCGAUAUGAUCAUAUACAACCAAAUUUAUAGCAAUCGGAUGCAAAUCAUGUAAAUACUACAUUUCGGUGGAUCAUAUUAGCAGGAGAACCAUAGUUCUAUUUAUUUCGAUGGAUCUGUAAUUGUCACAUGCAAAUCGAAUGCAAAGGAUACAACACAAACACACACACACACACACAAAACCGAACAUCCAUUAACGCUAAACCUGAUAAAGGUGAGCUGUGAGUGGAAAACUAAUUGCAGAAAAAGAUAAAAGAAUAACCAAUGUAAUGAGAGAACAUUUUAACUAUUGUAAUUUAAAAUUAAUUAGUUUUAAUAUAAUGACUUUAAAUAAACGUAUUAAUAUAUUAA